CUGCUCAAAACGUGGGUUACUUUAUAUAAACGUUGUUUUGCUCUUUUCCAUGCUGUUUGGAUGAAUGAAAAAGCAAUUUUGUGAAACGCGUUUCUGUCUUCAAAAUUCAGUUUUCAUGAAGCUGAGAUUCAUAGCUUCUAUGGCAGAUCAAAACCACGUUUCAACCUUUAAUUUCUCAAGGGACAAGUACUUACCUAAUUACCCCUAAAUUCAAGCCUUCAAUUUCUCUUUCUCACAGUUUUCUUCCUUUUUGUUUCUUCACAUCACUUCAACCUUAAAUUUUCUGCUACUUGGGAAGAUUUUACAAAUCCAAGCUUUCAAUUUACUUCAGAUUUUCCUCUAUUUUUUUUUUCUUCAGAUUUUGUGGUUAAUCUCAUUACUCAUGGUAGAUGUGUUGGUUGGGUGAAUUUAUUCCUUAAGCUUUCCCCUUGUAUAUGAUGCUUAUGAGCUACUUGUGAGAAUCAUUCCAUUGUUCUGCCAAGGCCUAAAGGUAAAUACAUAUUCAUAAAUUAUUUUUUUGCUUUGUUUUCUUGCUUCAAAACUGUUAAUUUCUAUUUCUAUUUGCUCUAGUUGUUAUAAAUUUUACCUUAAUUUUUUCAUCCUGCAUCAAUGCAUUGUAUGUGUUUGAUAAAUAGUCUCAAAGAAGAAAACAAUUUUCUUAUUGAUAUGUUUAUGUUGACUGUUAUGUUAUUAUUGACAUGUUUAUGUUUUUUUUUCUCUCAUGUUGUUCUGUUUUGAGCAGUGAGUGUAUUGUUUUUGUUUAAGUUACUUGGUGUGAGUUUAAAGUAAUUGAACUUGAAUGAAACAAUGUAAGAAAAGCAACUUACAACUUCAAGCCAUUGUUGUAUUGCUAAUUUUUAUGCAUUUUCAUUCUUAGAUAAACCUUUUCCAACCUUUACAAAAAAGAGUUACAUUUAGCACAAAGUAACAUAACUUCUUCUAGUAUUUUUUUUUGUUUUUGUUUUCUGUUAUCAUUUUCAUAUGCACAAAACAAGGAUAUUGGUGUUAGUUUGAUCAAGUUCCUUAUGUAUAGUUUGUUUCAUUUUUUAUCAUACUUUUGUGUAUAUAGUAUUAUGGACUCACUUAAGAGAAAUGUUUCUGCUAACCCCCCAUCAACUAACAAUGAGGGUCAAAGUUCCAAAGCUAGUUGGAGGGAUAUUAAAGCCACUGAGUACUUUGUGAAGGCAUGUUUGGAUCAAGUUACCAAGCGUCAACGAAAUGGUACUUGUUUUACCAAGAAAGGAUGGCAAGGUAUUGUUUCCCAAUUUCAUGAACAAAGUGGACUGAAUUAUCACAAGGUACAAUUGAAGAAUAGGUAUGAUAGCUUGAGAAAGGAAUGGAAUGUAUGGUAUAACUUGUUUGGAAAAGUUACCGGAUUAGGAUGGAAUUUUGAGAAGAACACCGUUGAUGCAUCUGAUGAGUGGUGGGAGAAGAAAGAAUUGGAAAAUCCUCAAUAUGCAAAGUUUAGAGACAAGGGACUUCCACUUGCUCACCAACUAACCACACUUUUCAAGGAUGUAGUGGAUAAUGGAGAGCAUGAUUAGGCACCAUAAAGUGGUGUAUUACCUAAUGAGAACUUGGGUAAUGAUGAUAUUGAUGUUGGCUUGGAUGAUGCAGAAGGUUCGGGUGAUAGUUAAGAUGAAAGCAUUGGAGCAACAACUAGUUUGGAAAUAUAAACUUGAAUACAUCACAAGGAGCUGUUAGUCAAAGUAGUGGGCAAAAGAGAAAGAGAGUUAUUGGGGCUGAACAAAAAGGAAAGAAAAAAGCUACUCCUUCAACUUCAAUAGCUGAGGCUGUUAAUGUGAUUGCGGAGACUUGCAAGUCGCGGAAUGAGGCUAUAAGUAAUGCAUCUAUUGGUGAAGUGAUGGCUGAGAUUCAAACCAUGGAUGCAGUUACUUCUGAUUUAGAGUUUCAUACAAUGUGUUGUAACCUAAUGAUGUUUAAGCCAGCUAGGGAGAUGUUUGUAUCAUUGCGGGGUUUUGAGGAAAGAAGGUUGACUUGGCUCAAAUUUGCAUCAUUCAACCCUACUAUGUUGAUGAAGUAUUAAUUUGGCUCAAGAAUUGGCUUAGUGAUGUCCCUUGGACUUAGUUUAUGCUUUCGGACUUAGUUUAUGUAUUGGGUUGUUUAGUUUGUGUUUAGAUCUUCAUUAUGUUGCCCUAUCUUAAGAAUUUCCUUUAGAACUUGCUUGCUAUUAAGAACCCAAGUAGUAUGUAUUAAGUCUUUGAAAUUGCUAUUAUGGUGAUAUGAACCUAUGUAUUAUGUCUUUGGAAUUUGAAUGAAGUGAA